AUGUCGAAGAAGAUCGUGUUGAAGACUUCAGAUGGUGAAUCGUUCGAGAUCGACGAAUCGAUCGCUCUCCAGUCGGAGACGAUAGCGCACCUCAUCGGAGACGAUUCCGCCAGCACCAGUAACGGCUUCCCACUCGCGAACGUCACGAGCGACGUCCUCUCCACUGUGAUCGAGUACUGCAAGAUGCACGCCAGUGUUGCCUCCGAGGAAGAGCUGAAGAAGUGGGACGCCGAGUUCGUGAAAGUCGACGACUCCACCAUCUUCGAUCUCAUCCUGGCCGCGAACUACCUCAACAUCAGUGGUCUCCUUGACCUCACCUGCCAGACCAUCGCCGACAAGAUCGCAGCUUGCAAAGACGCCGACGAGAUUCGCGCUACCUUCGACAUCGAGAACGAUUUCACUCCGGAGGAAGAAGAAGAGCUUCGCCAGGAGAAUCAGUGGUGCUUCCAGUGA